AUGUAUUGCGUGGGCUACGUGAACUUCCCGACCACGGCCGAAGGCGCCGCCGAGCGGGAGAAGGCCGGCCCUGUCAGCGUGGACGAGGAGGCGGAAGCCAUCUCGGCUGCUCUCGCCAGGGUCCAGGCGUGCCAUCGCGGUCAGGGUUUCGUCGUCCUGGGCCACUCCAUCGGGGCCUGGCUUGUCAUGCAGCAUCUCAAGCUGGCCUCCGAGGAGCUCCUGGUUGAGCUCCGGCAUGUGGUGCUGGCGAUGCCGUACUUGGAGUACGUCCCCGGCAGCCGGCAGACCCUGCUCCUGGCCUUGGCAUCAGCAUCGACUGUCGUCAGAAUGCUCGCGCUGACCGUCACGGCAGCGCCCAGAGUGCUGAAAGGCCUCGCUGCCAGAGUCAUGAGCAGCUCGGGCCCAGGCAGCUACGCUUAUGACGCCACGAUGGCCACCUUUCUCGAGCAGCCGCACCAUUGGUCCAUGGUUGUCGGGCUGCUGCGCACGGAGUGCCCACGCCUCGAUCCGCGAAAAGAAGGUUGCGGCUUCGCGGAGUUCGCGGAGCUCCUCCGGCGUAAGGGUCGACCCUCGAUCUCGGCCUUCUUCACGAAGGCUGACCUCUGGUCGCCCAUGGCCCAUCACGAGGCGAUGAAAGGCCAUCUGUCGAGCCGAGACCAGCUCGUGGACUUGGCUUCCACAGCCUGGAAAGCGGGUCGGCCUCCGAAGCACGAGUUCGUUCUCUCGGCGCCGCACUUGGAGGAGAUGGCAGGCCUCGUUGCGGCAUCGAUUGAGCUCCUGGGCAAGCCCGUGACCUUCCUGGACGAGUGCGUCGGUGAGAAGGCGGGCGCAGGGGAGAUCCCGCAAGUGGAUAAGGCUCUGGGUGGGAAUGUCGGAAGGCAGAGUCGGGUCAUGGCGUCCACCCUGUCCUUGCCAACGCAGUUCGAGGACGUGUUCCUCAACGUCGAUGCCAAGUCUGCCUCCCAGAGCACUCUCCGUCGCUGCCGCAGUUUCUCCGGCUACGCGCCUUUCGAGCUGAGCGAGGUCAACUUCGAGUUUGGCUUGAAACCCCGUGUCGACCCCGAAGGCACCGCAGAAGACCCUUGGCCGGACACUGACGACGAGGACACCGUGGCUUGGGUUCAGGCGCAAUCCGCCGACACCGUGGCUCCGCCAUUCGAAGACAUCGCGAGCACUGGCAGUCUGGGUCUCUCACCACCGACUCCCUCGGCGACCACCGGGAAGGGCUAUGCCAGCGUGAACCUCGUCAGCGCCAGCGCGGCGCAAGCGUUUCAGAACGCGUGGCGCAGUCGCACGCUUGCCCCCCCGGCUGGGGGCUCGCUGCAAGUGGACAUCGCGCGUGUGCAAGGCUUGCAGAUGAAUAUGGAGAAGUGGUUCGGAGGCCACAUGCACCCAGAGCUGAAGCCGAUUGCGUCUCCACAGGUGCUGGCAAAGGAGCAACAAGAGCGCACGAUGCCCCAGGCAGCAGUGCGAAGCGCGCCGGAGCAGGUGAUGAAAGCCCAGCGUGCGGGCACCAUGGUCUUGAAGAAGGUACGAGCCAUGAUGCCCGCUGUGGAUAUGCAGCCGUCCGUUCCAAGCGUCCGCCCCCGGCGCGGGCGGCGGUGCGCGCGGACCUCGGCACGGCCUCAGAACCCAUCGCAGGGCCGAAGAGAUUCGCAGAGGGAUCCCUAA